AUGGGAAGGGAACAAGGAACAAGUGCAACACUGAGUUGCUUACUCACGCACACACAUAACCGCGUGCCAAGAGAGCGACACACAAACAGGAGCCGGAGUGACGACCAGCUGUUGUUGUAUGGCAUAGCGGUACAUUUGGGAUCCAACGAUACUACGUAUGCGUCGCGAGGCCGACGGACAGCGGGCUCCGGUGAGCCGCCCGACGACACCUACAACGACGGAGUGCGUCGCAUAAGGAGCGCACACAGCUGUGAGCAGCUGCGUUACCUGGUCCACCGAAUUCAAUGGAGGAGCAAUUGCAGUGAUGAGGUGCCGGUGGCCCUCGCGCUCGGAAGCCAAACCAGCGAAAGUGGCCGUCUCAGUAAGAAGAUAAAUAUUAAUAAGUGCCUCGUGGAAAGCCCACAACAGCAACUACCAUUGGACUUCUACAGCUAUUUGCAACUGGCCAACGGCUAUUACGAGCGGGGGUUGCAGGCCAACAUCAAGUACCUGCAAUCGAUUGGCCAGCGGGGGCAUAAUGCAAUAAGGCCGUCGUCGGGUUUGUUCUUGGACGUAGUGCAGCGCGACGAGAGUCCGGUUCAAAAGUUGAGCGUUCGCCUGGUGACGCUGCUCGAGAAUCUGCGACGCAAGGCGGCCAAGGAACAGGGCGGCGACCCGGGAAUUUGGGUAAACAUAAGGUCGGUCAAACGAGAGGGACAAGAGAAGAAAGAAAGUACUAAAAAGGAGCUGGAAGAGGAGCCAACAAAGCAGCUAGAUAGCAUGUGUGAUUAUUAUGCUCCAGACUGUACAACUACAGAAAUAAGUGGACCCACAGGUACAUCAGCCGGAGGAGUCACUCUCGCCAAAUCCCUCGCCACUUCAACAAGCGAAGCUGCUUUACUUCAAGCCACAAUCACAUCCCCUGAACAACGACGUCUUUAUGAGAUUAUCGACAAUCUAAGUCACUUGAGUUUAGGAGAUUCGAGUAGGCGCAGACAACAGCUAACACUGUCCCUGCCCCAAAUCACUCUAACCGAUUGCACCGCUCAACAGGUGGCGCUCCACAGCGCCACCUUCGACAUUGUCACACUGCAGAUACCCGACGAAGCCAGACCACCGAACCUCAAAAAGAAAACAACGUAGAAUCAAUAUAUAGAGGAACAAUCGGCAAUUGAAUCGAAUAGAAUCGCAUUAAAUCGAAUCGAACAAACUGAAAGCGAUAGCGAAACCUAUAACAGAACGGAACAGAUCCCAAAGGCGCGUGCACGUCAGCGGAAAUAUAUAUAGAAUAUGCUAAGUAAAAAAUAAAACAAUAGCAAAGCUCGAGCUCUCAAACAAUGGUUGUUGUUGUUGCCGCU